CAGCGUCAAUCCCGUCCUUUUUCUUCUUCUUCUUGGGCCUCCUGCGCGAUAUUGGUGGCGUAAACAAAUUAGCAAUAGCGUCAAGAUUUUUCUUCUCCAUUGCAGUCAAAAAGGAGGACCUUCAGCAAGGACAAACAGAAGCAACCUGCCCUAGCUGCAGUCUUGUCGUGAAAAUUGUUUAUGAUAAGGACAUGUUCAAGCUAGAAUCAGAUGAGAACACGGUAGUGAAGAAUAAACCAGUGAAAGUUGCUGAGUAAAUCCACCACCAUGGGCAGCCGAGGCCGCGGUCAGGGACUGAGUGUCAGGACUGAUAAGUUUAGCAAGCUGACAGAUGAGUUGGCUAUUAAUCAUCCUCCACAAGAUUUCCCACCACGCCAACCAACUAUUCCUCCUGAAAAAAUCACAGUCACUGUGAGGAACAUGCUGGACGUCGGUCUUUCCAUGAAAGAAGGUAUUAGAUGCCGGAUGGAGUCUGGCAAGUUUACCGCGUAUUUGUCAUAUCCUUCAGAGCUUGACACUGUAAAGAAGAAGAAAUCGCGCAGAAAAGGUGGUGCGAAAGACGUCACCAAACGUCUUGAUGAACUGAACCAAUUAGAAGACCAAAAUGCUGAUGACAGUGACCCUGAAGGGGGUGGAGGCUCAAAGGCCAGUUCAGAUGAAGAAGAGGCAAAAGACUCAGACAACUCCCAGGCCUCUGACAGUGACGAGGAAAUGGAUGAGGGCAACGACUACAACCAAAUGCAUGAUGUCGAUGAUGACGACGACAUGGGGGCGCCUUCUGAUGAUGAUGAUGGCGAGGGAAUCGAAUAAGAUUUUUACAAUAAAUGAAGUCUAAUACUUAG